CUAAACGCAGAAGCGGCACGGGUUAUUUGAAGUGUGCGCACUACCCAUGACACUGGGAGGAUAACUAAAGUAACAGAAAGUUGUGGAAAGAUCUGCUUACAAACAACGACGCAUGCAUACACGGAUUUACACAUGCAGCUCUAUGAAUUCAUGGAGAACACACCAACAUUCAGCGACAGACAUUUUCCUCCAGGAUGCAGAGGGAGAGAUCCAACCCACGGGAGUCCAGCUGUGUGUCCAUGAAGAGUGACCAGUCUAUGGGCAAGCCUAUACAAUUUAAGGGAAGACACACAUCAGCUGAUCUGAGUCUAUUGCACAGGGAGAGAUCAAACCCACGGGAGUCCAGCUGUGUGUCCAUGAAGAGUGACCAGUCUAUGGGCAAGCCAAUACAAUUUAAGGGAAGUCACACAUCAGCUGAUCUGAGGGAGAAAUCAAACCCACGGGAGUCCAGCUGUGUGUCCAUGAAGAGUGACCAGUCUAUGGGCAAGCCAAUACAAUUUAAGGGAAGACACACAUCAGCUGAUCUGAGUCUAUUGCACAGGGAGAGAUCAAACCCACGGGAGUCCAGCUGUGUGUCCAUGAAGAGCGACCAGUCUAUGGGCAAGCCAAUACAUUUUAAGGGAAGACACACAUCAGCUGAUCUGAGUCUAUUGCACAGGGAGAGAUCAAACCCACGGGAGUCCAGCUGUGUGUCCAUGAAGAGCGACCAGUCUAUGGGCAAGCCAAUACAAUUUAAGGGAAGUCACACAUCAGCUGAUCUGAGUCUAUUGCACAGGGAGAGAUCAAACCCACGGGAGUCCAGCUGUGUGUCCAUGAAGAGCGACCAGUCUAUGGGCAAGCCAACACAAUUUAAGGGAAGACACACAUCAGCUGAUCUGAGGGAGAGAUCAAACCCACGGGAGUCCAGCUGUGUGUCCAUGAAGAGCGACCAGUCUAUGGGCAAGCCAACACAAUUUAAGGGAAGUCACACAUCAGCUGAUCUGAGUCUAUUGCACAUGGAGAGAUCAAACCCACCACAGUCCAGCUGUGUGUCCAUGAAGAUCAACCAGCCUAUGGGCAAGCCAAUACAAUUUAAGGGAAGACAGACAUCAACUCAUCUGAGCCUAGAGGUCCAAAGCAGAUUUAAAUCAAACCUAAUAAAGAAGUUUCAGUGUCUGUAUGAAGGAACAGCAAAAGAUGGAAGCCAAACACUCCUUAAUGAGAUCUACACAGAGCUCUACAUCACAGAGAGUGAAAGUGGAGGGAUCAAUAAUGAGCAUGAGGUGAGGCAGAUUGAGACACAAUCCAGGAGAGCAGCAACAGAUGACACACCAAUCAAAUGCAAUGACAUCUUUAGACCUUUACCUGGACAAGACAAACCCAUCAAAACUGUGCUGACAAAGGGAGUCGCUGGCAUUGGAAAAACAGUUUCUGUGCAGAAGUUCAUUGUGGACUGGGCUGAAGGGAAAGCAAAUCAGGAUGUCCAGUUCAUAUUUCCACUUCCUUUUAGAGAACUCAACCUGAUGAAGGACAAAAAACUUAGUCUUUUAGAUCUUCUUCAGGUUUUGUUUACUGAAGCAAAAGUAAUGCAAAUAUGUAGUGAUGAAUAUAAAGUUUUCUUCAUCUUUGAUGGUCUGGAUGAGUGUCGUCUGUCUCUGGAUUUUCAGAGCAAUGUGAGGUUGUGUGAAGUAAGUGAAACAGCCACGUUGGACGUGCUGGUGACAAACCUCAUUAAGGGGAAUCUGCUUCCCUCUGCUCUCAUCUGGAUCACCUCAAGACCAGCAGCAGCUGAUCUCAUCCCCUCUGAGUGUGUUGAUCGGGUUACAGAGGUGCGAGGCUUCAAUGAUCCACAGAAGGAGGAAUACUUCAGAAAGAGAAUCAGUGAUCAGAGUGUGGCCAAUAGAAUCAUCACACACCUGAAGUCAUCAAGGAGUCUCUAUAUCAUGUGCCACAUCCCAGUGUUCUGCUGGAUCUCGGCCACUGUUCUCGAAGGAAUGUUGUGGAAAUCAUGGAAAGGAAAGAUCCCCAAGACUGUCACUCAGAUGUACACAUACUUCCUGAUCCUUCAGAAAAACAUUAAACAUGAGAAGGACUAUGAGAAGAAAGUGGAAGAUGAAGACAUGAUUUUCAAACUAGGGAAACUAGCUUUCCAGCAGCUUGUGAAAGGCAACUUGAUCUUCUAUGAGGAAGACCUGAGAGAGUGUAGUAUUAAUGUGACAGAAGCAUCAGUUUACUCAGGACUGUGCACUCAGAUCUUCAGAGAGGAGUUUGGCUUGUAUCUUGGGAAAGUCUUCUGCUUUGUUCAUCUGAGCAUUCAGGAACAUCUCGCAGCUCUAUAUGCGCACAUCUCCUUUACAGACUACACAGAUGUGUUUGAUCAAACCACAGAACAAAAUAUCUUAUCUAAGGUUUUAAACUGGAUGAAAAGUAAUUCAUUAUCUGGGCUGCAUCAAAAAGCGGUGGAUGAGGCUUUACAGAGUAAGAAUGGACACCUGGAUCUUUUCCUGCGUUUCCUGCUGGGUCUCUCACUGGAGUCCAAUCAGACACUCUUACAAGAACUACUGACACAGACAGCAAGCUGCCCCUACAACAAAGAGGAAACAGUUCAGUACAUCAAACAAAAGAUCAGAGAGAAUCCCUCUCCAGAGAGAUUCAUCAAUCUGUUCCACUGUCUGAAUGAACUGGAUGAUGAUUCACUGAUGCAGGAGAUCCAAGAUUAUCUGAGAUCUGGAAAAAUAAGUCAAGCCAAACUCACUUCUUCACAGUGGUCAGCUCUGGUUUUUGUGUUGCUUACAUCGGAGCAGAGGUUGGAAGAGUUUGAUCUAAAAAGGUUUAUUGGAGGACAAAAUACAGCAGAUGAAGUUCUUGAGAAACUGCUGCCUGUGAUUAAAGAAUCCAGAUCAGCUCAGUUGUGUAGGUGUGGUGUCACAGACAAAGGUUGUGCUUCUCUGGCUUCAGCUCUGACAUCAAACCCCUCGCACCUGAAAGAACUGAAUCUGUCUGAAAAUAAACUACAAGAUGCAGGAGUAAAGCUGCUCUCAGAUGCACUGAAAAAUCCUCACUGUAACUUAGAAUCACUUUGGUUGAAUGAUUGUGGUGUCACAGCAGAAGGUUGUGCUGCUUUCGCUUCAGCUCUGAGUUCAAAUCCUUCAUACCUGAAUUUUCUGGAUCUGACUGGAAAUAAGCUAAAAGAUAUAGGAAUGAAUCUGAUCUCUGCUGUACUGGAGAAUCCUCAAUGUAACCUGAAAACACUGCGGUUGAUUGAUUGUGGUAUUACAGAUAAGGGUUGUGCUGUUCUGGCUUCAUCUCUGAGAUCAAACCCCUCCAACCUGAAAGAACUAAAUCUGUCUGGAAAUAAACUAAAAGCAUCGGGAGUGAAUCUGCUCUCUAAUGGACUAGAGGAUCCUCACUGUAAUCUUGAGAUACUGUGGUUGAUUGAUUGUGGUGUCACAUAUAAAGGUUGUACUGCUCUGGCUUCAGCUUUGAGAUCAAACCUCUCACACCUGAGACAUCUCAAUCUGUCUAGAAAUAAACUAGAAGACAGAGGAGUGGAAAUGCUUUCUGCUGGACUGAAGAAACCUAAAUGUGAACUAGAAACAUUGUGGUUGGUGGAUUGUAGUGUCACACAUAAAGGUUGUUCUGCUCUGGCUUCAGCUCUGAGAUCAAACCCCUUGCACCUAAGCAAACUGGAUCUGACUGGAAAUUUUCUAGGAAUGUCAGACGUAAAUCUGCUUUUUGCUCUGAAGAAUGAUUCGCAUUAUAAUCUGAAGACACUUCUAUUUUAGAUGUUGUCUGACCUACUCUGGAUCAGCUGAAUGUGAAUAAAGAGCCACUACAGAAACAUCACAUUCAACAGAAUCAACACAGACAAUUACAUAGUGAUCAUAACACAUGGAUGUGUUUGUGUAACUUUCUAUAAUGAUCCAAUCCUUGAUCCAUAGUUAAACAAGGAAAACCUUUGAUUCUUUGUCAGAAACGACAUUUGUACCGGUACCCAAUUUCACAUAAUAUGAUCUUCUGUUCAAUCAAUACAUUUCAGCUGUAAGCUCAGGUACAGGCCACAGAUCUGAGAGAAACCAUAACUCAGAGGAGCACUUGACAGUGUUAAGUCAAUGAAAAUCAAAGAACAAAUACAAAUGUAUCACAUUUAAUUGUGCACUGUGUUACCGCCCUUAUCAUAUCGCAUUGUUGCACAUUGGGAUUCAGAAGAACUUUUUUUUUUACUUUGUAGUUCAAUUUAGGUAUCAUAGAACUGUUGCCGUUUAUUUAUUUUGACAACUAAUUGAAUGUCAGUCAUUCAAUGUUUAAUUUUUCAGUUGCAAAACUGUUGAGAACCAUGAGCUGACCACAGCGAGUUGAAGCUGUAGGGUGAGCUGCCUUAUUAUUAAUAUGCCAGGAGGUGAGGAAUAAAACAAAAAUUGUCAAAUUGAUUCAGUAGCCUAUUUCUUGACCUACAUCACCACUACUUCAAUUACAAUCAAUUCAAGUACAAUUAAUUUAAAAUACUGUUGUGUUGAUUGCACUAAAUCAGUCCAGUACUUUAUAGUCAAACUAAUUUUUUUUAAUGUAUGAAUAAUGAACAUUUCUAUUUCACCCCUGUGAAAAUGUCGCUUCUGAUGAUUGUUCACAUGAAUCGCUGUGUAUGCAGUAUAACCUGUAAAAAAAAAAUUUUGUGUGUAUUUUUACAUAUAUAUAUAUUUUUAAAUAAAUUGUGAUGCCAUUUCA